AUUUAGAGCACAAUGACGCGAGCGAAGAUAGCAGCUGCGCCCUUUCAAAUAGGCUGCAUCCCUUAGAGCUUUCGCGACGUCAAGGCACGACCGAUGUAUUUUGAAGAAUGAGCUCUGCACAUAUCCUAUCUACCUUUCAAUCAACUUUUCCCGGCCUGUACCAGGCCCCAAAGAAGGGCGAGGAUGAGCCUCCUCCGGAGGCACCUGCGCCGGAGCCUGUUACGCAACAUGAUGAUGAGCCAGACCAAUAUAGUACUCGCAUUGCUGGAAUCACCAGCAAGUUCGAGAGGAUGCGGGCUUCAGCAGACGAGAUGGAGCAGUACCUCCGCUCAGCAGCCGAGGACGCAAAGGAGGCAGAAGCCCGGGCGCUGGCGAAGGCGGAUGAAGACUUCACGCCGGCGUGGCGGAACGUGGGACUGCCUCUGAAGCCAUCCCACCUGCACUUGGACCACGGGGCAAUGGCUGGGGCGCGGCUAGUCAACCCCAAAGCGAUUGUACAGGAGUACCAAGCCAUCAAAGGGCGAGAGGUCCUGAACCCGCCGCGCAUCGCGGAGUACGCGGACACGUCGGCAAAGCCCAACUACCUCAAAAGCACGCAUGCCAUGGAGGAGCGCAAGAUGCGCACCAUGUCGCCGGACCGCACUGCGCGCAUCCAGGCGCUGAGUGCACGGCACCUGGCGUGGCAGACGCUGACGCCGGAGGAGGUGGCGGCCAAGAUGGAGGAGGCGGAGCAGCGGCGGCGGCAGCUGGGGCUCAAAAUGCCGCGGGCGCAGUUUGAGCUGGAGCAGAAGAUCAUCCAGUCCAUGCACCACAAGCUGACCUUCCUUCGCAACCCGCGCCACCCGCUGCCGCCCGCCGUCAAAACCCUGAUGGAGCUGCGGCCGGACGCGAACCGCUGGGUGGGGCCGCGAACCACGGUGCUUGAGGGUGUGAAGCCGCCCAUCAAGGCGGACAUGACGUCGCGGCCGGACCAGGUGUUUGUGGUGGAGCCGGCCGAGGUCACCUUCACAAACUACGCCGUGGGUCGCGCCUAUGAGCAGGUCGUGCGCGUGCGCAACGUGACCGCCGUCAGCCGCAGCCUGCGCAUCUUCCCGCCCGCCUCCCAGUACUUCCACGCCUCGCUGCCGCGUUUUCCCGGGGAGGUGGGCGUGCUGGCGCCCGGCAUGGCGGCGGAGGUGACGCUACGUUUCUGCCCCGACUCGUUGGGCGACUAUGAAGAUGCAAUCGCCGUGGACGCCACGCACUCGCGCCAGACGGUGCCGCUGCGCGCGCGGCGGCCGCCGCCGUCGCUGACGCUGCCCGAGGAGAUCGACAUGGGCCAGGUGGUGAUUGGCAACGUGAAGACGGAGCAGGUGACGUUCAAGAACAUGGGCGGGGCCGGCCGCUUCCGCAUCGUGCCCGAGGCCCACUGGCCGGACUUUGCCAUGGACGCGCCCACGGACCGCGCGGUGGUGGGGCAGUUCAAGAUCUGGCCGCUCUACUUUGAGAUGGCUGCGGGCGAGCAGCUGGGCCUCAACGUGUCGUACGAGCCCACCGAGUGGGGCAACACCGAGGAGCGCCUGGUGCUGGUGUGCGACAACUGCCAGGUCAAGACGUUCAGCCUGUCGGGCAACGCGGUGGGGGUGGACGUGCUGCUGCACAGUGUGGACGGACGCAUGCUGGAGCCGCGUGAGCUGGACCUGCCGCUGUGGUUCGGCGAGUGCGCGCCGGGCGCCGGAUUCAGCAAGACCGUGUCCGUGCGCAACACCACCAAGCUGCCCUUCGCCUUCGAGUGGGGCCUCACCAAGUUCCCGCAGGUUCAGAACCGGCGCCGCGCCAACGAGCCGCUGCAGACCGAGGCGCAGUACGACGAGGAGCAGGACGACGAGGGCCACGUGCUGCUGGUGGACAACAAGUCCCUGCGAGGCACCAGCCCGCUGCGGCUGGGCACAGGCGGCGGCGGCGCAGCCGCAGCCCCGCCCGCCGUAGGCGGCGGCGCAGGAGGCGGCGCAGGAGGCGGCGCAGGAGGCGUGAGCAGCAGCGCCGCAGGCGUGAAUGGCAGCGUGGCGCAGGCGCCGGGUGGCGGCGUGGCGGGGGCGAAGCCGCCGGGGCCCAUGAAGGCGCUGGCGGGGGCGGAGAACGCCGGCACGCCGUGGGGCGUCCACUGCGGCAAUGAGGCGCACGGGCCGGACCCGCUGGCGCUGGGCGCGGUGGUGGAGGACCUGUUCCGGGUGGUGCCGCGCAGUGGGGUGCUGCAGCCGGGCGAGGUGAUGGAGUUCCUGGUCACCUUCACGCCGCCGGGGCAGGCCAGGUACGAGCGCUGGGCCCAGCUGCGGGUGGACCGCAAGCCCAUCUCCGUGCCCAGCGGCGCCAGCCCCAUGGUCCGCGGCAGCGGCAGCGGCACCGGCCGCAGCCACGCCGCCAUCGCCGCCUCCGCCACCUGCGACGUGCUAGUUGCGGAGGUGGGGCUGGAGGGGCUGGGCUGCCCGGUGCAGCUGUCGGCGGCGCCGCGGCUGGUCAGCCUGCCGGGCAAGCUGAUGCCGGCGGAGGGCACCACGCGGCACGUCACGCUGCGCAACCCCACGCGCGCGCAGGUGGUGGUGCGCGCCACGGUGGACAACCCCGCCAUAGCGGUGAGCCCCUCCGAGUUCCGCAUGCCCUCGCUCGGCGCCAUCUCGCUCGCCGUCACCGUGCGCGCGCCGCCCGACGCCGCGCCCGGCCCGCUGUCCGGCCGCGUACUGCUGGAGGUGGAGCACGGCCCGCCCGUGCCCAUCGAGGUCCGGGCCGCCGUGGGCUCCAGCUACGCGCGCCUCAUAACGCCGCGCAUAAACUUUGGCGACGUGCCGCUCAGCGGCAGCUCCGAGCAGCGGCUGGUCAUCCGCAACAUGUCCGCCACCUGCCCCACGCCCUGGAGCAUCCGCGAGCUCACGCCCGCGCUGGUGGCGGCGGAGAAGUCCCGGCUGUUGCGCGCGCAGCUGCUGCAGUCCAGCCGCAUGCUGGACCCGCAGGCGGCGGCCGCGGCCAUCGACGCCCUGGUGCAAGAGGAGGAGGAGGCCGAGGCGGCGGCGGCCGCGCGGGAGGAGGAGGAGGCGGUCGGCUACCGCGGCGCCUCGGUCACCGGCCACCACGCGCGCUUCGCCGAGGCGCAGCGCUCCCCUGCCGCCUCCACCUCUGGCGCCUUGGUCGCGCUGCCGGCCUCCGCCGCGGAGCGGCGAGCCGUGUUCGCCGCCGGCCGCCACACCGACAGCAGCCUGGCCCAGGCGCUGCCGCCGCCCGACACCACGCACGUCACCUUCGAGCCCAGCAGCGGCGUGCUGGAGCCCAACCAGGAGCUCACGGUGCGUGUGACCUGCCACGCGCUCACCGACGGCCGCCACCGCUCCAUCAUCCAGCUGCGGAGCGGCGCGCCGCACGCCGGCGGCGGGCCCGACGGCGGGCUGCACAUGGAGUGCCUGGAGGCGUUCGCGUGCGUGGUCACGCCCGCCUGUGUGGUGGACCGGCCGGUGAUGGACCUCGGCGUUACGUUCGUGGGGGUGCAGGUGCGCCAGACCCUCUACCUCACCAACCUGUCGCAGCUGCCGGUCCUGUACCGCUGGACUGCGGAGGCGGAGGACGAGGGCUCACAGACCGCGGGGCUGGCGGAGCUCAAGAUCAAGCCCGACCAUGGGGAGCUGGAGCCGGGGGAGGACGUGGAGAUUCAGGUCCGCUACACGCCACGCUACCCGGGGCCGUGCGUCAUGUACGGCGUUUGCGAGCUGGAGGGCGCGCCGGAGCCGUUGGGCUUCCGGGUCUCGUCGGCCAUCCACGGCUUGGACGUGACGUACGACUUGCUUACUCAGGAGCAGUACGACGAUUACAUGGCGCAUGACCAGGCGGCGGCGGCGCUUGGAUCCACGGGGCCCAAGGGCGCCGCCGCCAUGGCCGUCGCGGCGGCGGCGGCAGGCGGCGCCAACACGGGCAGCGGCGGCUACUACGACAGCGAGAGCGGCGAGGUGGCGGGCGCCGGCGGCGAGGGCGGCGGGCCCAGUCGGGCGGAGGAGAUUGCGGCGGCGCUGGACAAGGUGAACUUCAUGCGCGUGGGGCGGCACGGCAAGGCGGAGGUGGACGUGGAGGCGUUCAGCGGCCUGACGCACCUGCCCCCAGACGUCCUCUCGCGCGUGGCCUCCCACCGCCACGCCUCCACCAGUGCGGCUGGGAGCAAGGCGGCCAGCCGGCGCGCCAGCGCCCGCCCGGGCGCGCAGGCGCGCCCGCGCAGCGGCGCCGCCGCCGGCGGCGGGGUGGCGGCGUGGCCGCCGCCCACGCCGCAGCGGCACCUGGUGGCGGACUUCGGCCACAACGUGCCGCUGGGCGAGACGCGGCAGAUGUACUUGGUGGUCACAAACCGCACCGCCAUGCACACCUCCAUCCGCACCUGGCUCGAGCGCUUCGGCGUCGCCGACGCCUCGCGCUUCGUGCGCGGCACCGAGUCCGGCGCCGCGCCGCCAGGCGGCGGCGCCGACAAGGCCGGCGGCGCCGAAGGCGGCGCCGGCAAGGGCGGCGCUUCGCGCCGCCAGACCAAGGACGAGGACGCGCACCACCCGCAGGGUCCCAAGCUGUCGAGGUACUCAAAGUACACGCCCAUCAAGUUGGCGGGCACGGACGCGGAGCACCGCGCGCCGUUCCGUGCGGACAAGGGCAACGAGAUGAUGGCCACGCGGCGGCUGCAGGAGGAGGCGGACGAGGCUCUGGGCAACAAGGGCCUGGCUGUGAGCGUGACGCCGCCCGAGUCCACGUUGGAGCCGUGGAGCCGGCUGGUGCUCACGGUCAGCUGCUUCAACGACAUGUGCGGAGCCUACAUGGACAUGAUGCACGUCAAGGUGGGCGAUCUGCCAGCGCGCGACAUCCCGGUGCUGGUGGGCGUGUCGGGCACGCCGCUGGUGGUGCAGCGCGAGCGCGUGCUGGUGCGGGGGCUGCGCGCGCGCUCCUGGCGCACGGAUCUGGAGUGGGGGCAGGUGCCGCAGGGCGUGGAGCAGACCCGCACCUUCUACGUCUUCAACACCGGAUCGCUGGACAUGCACCUGGCCUGGGAGGCGCGGCGCUACCACGACUACGUCGACCUGGAGCGCCUGCCGCCCACCACGGACGUGGGCGCCGGCGGCACCGGCCAGCACGACAGCCUGUGGGGCGGCGCGCCCGGCACGCUGCGCGACACGCGCGCCGGCAUGAAGCUGUUUGAUGUGAAGCUGCAGCCGGACGAGCGGGCCGGCUGCGUGCGGUUGGCCACGGAGCGGCACGCCGACCCCACGGACGACGUGCCGUUCCGCGUGGAGCCGGAGGAGCAGGUGAUCAAGGGCAACACCACGGCCAAGUUCACCGUCACCUUCUGCGCCUCGGAGUCGCGGCGCCACGGCGGCUACCUGCACGGCACGCAGCGCGUCUUCUCGCCCGAGUCCCCGCUGGAACUCCGGGUCUGGACGGCGGGCGAGAACGCGGAUCGCGUGGGCGCGCUGCUGUCAGGCACCUUCCACCCCUACGCUGGCGCGCCGCCCACGCCGCUACAGCCGCUGCGUGUGGACCUAGGGGCGCAGGCGCAGGCGUGUCGACUGGAGCCCGACGGCCAGACGGAUCUGUCCUGGGUGGUCACCUCCAUCCAGCAGCCGGGCAGCCACGCCGCGUUCGUGCGCAGCGUCACGUUGUCCAACACGGCGCACUGCCCUCAGGUAUUCAGCCUGGAUGUGGAGGGGCCCUGGGACAUGGUGGCAGCCAGUCCCUCGGUGCCGCAGGACCCAGUCGCCUACCGCGGCACCAGCACUCUGCUGGGCCCCGCGGCGGCAAGCGGCCGGCUGGGCACCAGCGCUGCAGACGGCGGUCUGACGUUCCUGCCGCCCGGCGAGUCGGUGGACGUGACGUUGCGCUUCUCGCCCGGCAAGGGCGACAUGGAGGCCUUGCCGGUGCGCUUCGCGGCCAUGCAGGCCAAGCAGCGCGUGAUCGAGACAGUCAACGACUACAAGAACACGGGCGCGCUGUGCAUCACCUUUGCCAACGGCGACAGCCAGAGCCUGCCGCUGGUGGCGGAGAUGCUGCACCCACGGCUGGAGGUGAAGCCGAGGAAGCUGGACUUCAAAAAGGUGCACCUGCAGAGCCCCAAGGAGAUGUUCGUCAUGUUGUCCAACCCAACCAACGUGGACGCCGCCUGGGCGGUCACGGUGGAGGGGCACAAGCCGCGCUUCCCCACGCUGCCCGGCGCCGGCGCCGCCGCCAGCGCGGCGGCGGCCAAGGAAGCCAAGGAGGAGGCCGCAGCGGCGGCCGCGGCAGCGGGUGGCGGAGGGUCCGCCUCCGCGCAGCCCACCCCGCGCAGUGCCUCGGGCGGCAACCUCGCCGGCGAGGCCUCCGCGCCAGACAGCCGCGCCGCCAGCGCCGUCAGCGGCGCCAGCCGACCCGCCACCGUGGACGGCGGCGCCGCAGGCGCCGCCGCGCCGGCCGGCGGCGUGCCGCCGCCGCCCAAGCUGCCCGGCGCCGGCGGCCCGGGGACGCUGCCGGGCGUUACAGGCAUCAUCGCAGAGGCACGGAUUGGGCCGUACGUUGUCAAGCCCGCCAGCGGUGUGCUGUCGGGCCGCGGGCUGGGCAUGCCUCGCAGCCAGCGCAUCAGCAUCACGUUUGCGCCCACGGAGGCGGAGGCCUACGAGGGAGAGCUGAUCUUUGCGGUGCUGCGUGGCAAGCAGUGCAGCGUGGACGUGGACGGCGAGGGGAGCAUAGAGGAGACGGACGAGACGAAAGGCAACCUGUUUGUUAUCUGAGGGCGCGCGUGAACGUGUGCCCGCAUGGGUAGGAAAGGGUAGGAGCUAGUGCUGGGCGCGCGACGCAAGUUUGGGGUGUAGCACCUGCCGCUGUACUUCUGUUUGGUCGUGCGGUGUGCUGGUGUGAAAGGCAGCAGGCUUGGGUGCAGCGGAUGGGUUGUGGGGUUGCACCACGUGCAAGUAAGGCAUGGUUGCGCGGCGUGAUGCCGCGGGCGCGUGAUGCAGCCAAUGAUGGAGACAGAUGGAGAAGGGGGGAGCGGCAGCCCGAGUGCGCCAGCAGCAUCUGCCGUCUUCACACCUGCUUUGGUUUGUGCAAUGUUGCCAAAUCGACAUCUAAACAACUCGCAACCAAGGAACGUGCAAAGUGCGAGCCUGGCAUUGGGAGCGAGCCUGGUGUCGGAGGGUUAAGCGGAAAUGGCAGCGCAUCCCUGCACGCGCGCGGGAUCACCCCUAGCGUUCCAACCCCCGACAGCCAUGUAGUUCGCAGUGCAGUAUACAAAAAAAAAGCCCGAUGCAGCUGGUCCUUCGGUGCAUGGAAAACGCGCAGACCUCGCUUACCGCUGGCCGUCGGUUUGUUUGUCCGCGCGGUUUCCGGGUCUGCGGGAACCUGAGCACGGUUUCGGUUUAGACUUCACGAAGGGGGCCAUGGGCCUAUGCGGUGAAGGGUCGCUGGCACUACGCUUUGCGAAGGCGGCGGCCGUGUGUGUAUCGCGGGAAACAAGCAGUGCCUGGCGGUACUAUGUGGGGUUAGAGGCGGAGGACCGUAGGACCGUGCUUUGGCUGCUGUCGUUGGUGUACGUGUGGUGCGCUGGUGCUGCGGGCUCUCUGUUAGGUUGCGCGUUUGUUUUCUGUUCGGGUUUUGUUGCUCGGGUGGGGCGUGUCGCUCCGUUCGCCUUCUUGCGUUUGACUGUGUUUUGGGCGCAGGCUCGUUGCCUGCUUUGUGUGGCUCUGUUGUUCUGUUUUGUUGCUGGCUUGUGCCUUCGGGCUGUGGGCUUGGGUGCGUUUUGGCUCUCUCCGCUUGUAAGGCCCUCCUCCU